UCACAUUACCAAUGAGGUCGCCCAGCCCUACAACGUGCAUUGUGAAGGAAGAACCACGACCACCCACACCAAUUUUACACGAUCAUAUACUGACAGAAGCAGUCAAUGUAAGUAUCAAAGCUGAGAAAAUAGCUGAAAACCAAACAAUAAUGACCUUAUCGGCACCGUUGUCGAUGAGUUGUACCGAUGACGAUAUCAUUGAAGAGGAUAAAAAUUCGAGUGCGACAUCUCAGCAAACGCGACCAUACCUCUCCGGAAAUAAGACACGACAGAAUCUUGAAACAAUUGUAGAAGCUAUCCGUCAUUUAGAAGGUGAUCACAUGUUUGAUGAUAGAUCACUGCUAACUCAUACGACGUCUGUGCCAGCUAUACCGACACAAGAUGCCCCCUUGGCACUUACUACUACGCCAAAACAACAUCCAACGCAUUUGAUUUUGCGACCGAAUAUUAGCACGAGUUCAAUCGCCACAGGUAAUACCACAUAUGCACAUUUUCAAAGACAGCAGCAGUGUCGACCCGGUGUUAUAGUCGUCAAACAGCAAUCGUGAUUUGUUUAAAUAGAAUUCGCAACUAAGAUAAAUUAUAUUUACCUGCUUAAAUGUAGUCUUGAUCAAUUAUCAUAAAAAUGAACUGAUAUAC